AUGUAUAAACUCUUAGCCCUAAAGACGUAAUCUCUUUUUACACCAAGAAUCCUCCCUAUAAGCGGACAGUUUCGAUGCUUCAGCAACAAAUUUGCAUCAAGGGUUCUCAUGGUUGAACCUACUCACUUUUACUAAAAUGUGGAAACAGCUGAAGAUAAUAAGAUGAUGACUGAAACUAAAUUAGAUCAACAAUACUUAACUAAGAAAGCUAUAGAAGAGUUUUAGAGAUUCAGAGAAGUUAUUGAAAAGAAUGAUAUAGAAACAUUGGUGUACAAGCAAUUGAUUCCAGAACUACCAGAUUCAAUGUUUGUAAAUAACUGGGUUUCCACACAUAAGAGCGAGGAUAUCAAGGAUGGGCUUUUUGUUUUGUAUCCCAUGAAAGCAGCAUCAAGAGAAAGCGAGAAAAAUCCUAAAAUUAUUAGAGAUCUAAUUCCUCAAUACAAAAACUUUAUUGAUCUCAUUAGGAACAUCCCUGAGCAAGCACUUGAGGGCACUGGCUCUUUGAUUUUCGAUAAUGAAAAUAGAAAGAUCUAUGUUAAGCUCUCUGCUAGAGCAGAUGCAGAUCUACUUUAAGAUUUUCUCAGCCAAUUCAAUAGGAUCGCCAAGAAUCCUUAUCGCACAAUUGUUUGGCAUCAGGAUGACCCAACUAAAGAUACAGUUAAUCAUACUAAUGUGAUUAUGUCAAUCUUAAGAAAUCAUGUUGUUUUAUGUUCAGAAGCAAUAGCAGACAAAAAAGAGAGAGAAAAAGUUUUGAAAGAAGUCACUGAAGGAUAUCUUAACAAGAAAUCUAGGAAACUACUCAAUAUUACUCAAGAUGAGAUGAAAAAUCAUUGUGGCAAUAUCAUAAUGCUGCGCAACAAGAAGGGAGAUGAUAUAGUUGUAAUGAGUGAUAGAGCUAAAUAGAGUCUCAAUCCUGAAAGUCUAAGAGAGAUAGAGACAAACUAUAAAGUUGUCUCUGCUGAUUUGCACACAAUUGAAAAAAUUGGAGGUGGUUCUGCAAGAUCAAUGCUCGCUGAAUUGUUUUGA